AUGGCUGAUUUGCGUGAACAGCGCGCGCUGAUUUGCGUGAACAGCAUGGCUGAUUUGCGUGAACAGCGCGCGGCCGUCAAAUUUUACUUCCUGCUCGGAAAAACUUUACUUCCUGCUCGGAAAAACAGGCACAGAAACCUUUGGGAUGUUGAAAACAGCUUACAAAGGUGAUGCUUUAGGGAAAACUCAAGUAUUUGAGUGGUGUUCCCGUUUCAAAAGUGGUGAAAUGUCGAUAGACAACCAAGCUCGCUCUGGACGUCCUUCGACGGCGCGAACCAACGAAAAUGUAGAAAAAAUNAAUCGAGCCAAUGGAAGACUCCAGCAUCGCCUCGCCCUAAAAAAGCUCGUCAAGUGAGGUCAAACAUUAAGACAAUGCUCAUUUGUUUUUUUGAUGUGAGAGGAGUCGUCCAUUCGGAGUUUGUUCCACCUGGUCAGACAGUUAACCAGGCAUUUUACCUAGAGGUGUUAAAAAGAUUACGCAACAGUUUGAGGCGAAAAAGACCUGAUUUGUGGCAGUCAGGAGACUGGUUUUUUCAUCACGACAAUGCUCCUGCUCACACAGCCCUUUCUGUACGGCGGUUUUUGACCAAAAAUGAUAUGACCACUGUGUCCCAUCCACCCUAUUCACCCGAUUUGGCUCCCUGCGACUUCUUUUUAUUCCCCAGAAUGAAAAGGAACAUGAAAGGAAAGCGUUUCGCGGACAUUGAUGAAGUUAAAAAAAAAACGACGGAGGCGUUGGCAGGCAUCACAAAAUAUGAAUUUAAAAAGUGCUUCAAAAAUUGAAACAAAAGAUUGGACAAGUGCAUUAACUCCAACGGAGAGUACUUUGAAGGAGAUUAAAUGUUUUUUGUAAAAAAAUUAAAUAAAUAACUGUACAAAAAUAGUUCGGUUUUUACGCCCUCGUAUGUUUAAAUUUAUUUUAUGCAUAUAUUUCAAAUAAAUUUCUACAAAUAAUUUCUUAUUAAAUAAAGUAAACUAUUGUCUAAGAAUGGUUCUCAGCCUUUUUGAUAUUACAGACCUCAAAAUGGUUUUUUUUUUUUUACUUAUUUAUUACCUACUUUUUUUGUACUAUGUAAUGACCUUUUUUUAAU